CUCUAGCGCUGCGUGGGUAGUGAAGUGCGCGCGCGUCACCCCGGUCGGUGUACUUCCGCAUCCUGCAGUCGUCACCUGUGCCUGUGGACGAUUCUACUGCGGUUCUGAUUGGACUCUGAAAGCAGACUCCUCUCCAGGGAGAAUAUUCUGGAACGUGGGAAAUGGCCCCAGGGCUCCUGACAACCAGAGACAAGGCAUUAAUGGCCUUCCAUGACGUGGCUGUGGCCUUCAGCCAGAUGGAGUGGGAGCUGCUGAGUCCUGCCCAGAGGAUCCUGUACAGGGAUGUAAUGCUGGAGAACUAUAGCCACCUUGUCUCCCUGGGAAUUGCCUUUUCCAAACCAAAACUCAUCACGCAGCUGGAACAAGGGGCAGAACCCUGGAGAGAUGGCAGCGGAUGCUUUCUGGACCUUUGUCCAGCAGAACCCAGGACAGAAUUAGAGCCCUCUCUUUCGUCCCCGGUAUCCUUUGCUAGUCCGGAAGUCCUCAGAGUGUGUGUGCUGAAUGGACCUCCCUCUCAGACUUUUCCAAGCCCACCAGCAGGGAGCAACUUCCAGUCAGAAGCUCCAGGCUGUUCCAGCAAUGAAGGAGGUGAAGAGAGAGACAGCAGCGAUGCUCUGUUGCAGAGGACAAGUCCAACGAGAAUUCUGAAGACGUUCUUUAGCCCAUGUCAAGAUCAGGCAGCAUACUGGGUAGAAGGCGACAGUAAACAAACAGACCUUGGCCUGGCCCCUGAGGAGGCAGUCACAGUGUUGAAGGGACCCGAUGAGUCAGCAUCUGGGGCCGUCCUACAUGGAGCAUUUCCGCUAGGGCUUGAUGAUGUCACAAACCUGUUCAGCCCUCAGAAGCACCACGUGUUUCCUGACUGCGGAGGGGGCUUUUGCCAGAGUUCUGACCUCAUGAAGCUCCAGAGAAUGGACGGAGUGGAGAAGCCUUACUCGUGUUCGGAGUGCGGGCACCAGUUCGCUCAGAAGGCGUCUCUCACGGUCCAUCAGAGGAAACACUCUGGAGAGAAGCCGCACGUGUGUGAGGAGUGUGGGCGAGGCUUCAUGUAUGUAUCCUCCCUCAACAGCCACAAGAAGAUUAUCCACUCUGGAGAGAGCCCCCUUGUUUGUCCCGAGUGUGGGCGUGGCUUCCGCCAGAAGAUAGACCUCCUCCUCCACCAGCGGACUCACCUGGAUAAAAAGCCCUUCGUGUGUCCCGAGUGUGGGAGGGGCUUUUGCCGGAAAGCCUCGCUGCUACAGCACAGCUGGUCACACUCGGGUGACAACCCCUUCAUCUGCUCGGUGUGUGGGCGUGGCUUCAGGCUGCUCUCCCGGCUCCUCACUCACCAGGUCACACACUCUGGUGAGAAACCUCACGUUUGCCCGGACUGCGGACAACGCUUUGGCCAAAAGGGUACGCUCAUGAGACAUCAGAAGACACAUACCGGGGAGAAGCCUUUUGUGUGUCGCCAGUGUGGCUGGAGUUUCACCCAGAAGGUUAACCUCAUUAGGCACCAGAGGAUUCACACAGAGGUAAAACCUUUCCUAUGCCCUGAGUGUGGACGAGCCUUUGAGUUUAAGUCGCUCCUCACCAGACACCGUAAAACGCACAUGGGGGAGAAGCCCUACGUGUGCCCCCAGUGUGGUAGGGGGUUUAGCCAGAAGUUCAACCUCAUCGGGCACCAGAGGAUUCAUACAGGGGAGUUACCUUUUCUGUGCCCUGAGUGUGGGCGUGCGUUUGUAAAGCAGUCCAUGCUCAUCAGACACCAGAGGACCCACGCAGGGUGGGAGAAACCUUACCAGUGUCCCGAGUGUGGACGCACCUUUGAGUUUAAGUCGCUCCUCACCAGACACCAGAAGAUACACACGGGGGAGAAGCCUUAUGUGUGUCCUCAGUGUGGCAGAGGGUUUAGCCAGAAGUUCAACCUCAUUGGGCACCAGAAGACACACACGGGGGAAAAGCCCUAUGCCUGUCCCCAGUGUGGCCAGCGCUUCAGGCAGAAGUUCAACCUCGCUAGGCACCAGAGGAUUCACACGGGGGAGAAGCCAUUCCUGUGUGCUGAGUGUGGGCGAGCAUUUGGAAAGAAGGUCUCUCUCAUUAGACACCAGAGGACCCACGGAGAGGAGAAGCCUUACCAGUGUACUGAGUGUGGUCGAGCCUUUGAGUUUAAGUCUCUUUUCAUCAGACACCAAAAGACACAUACGGGGGAGAAGCCCUACGUGUGCCCUGAGUGUGGCAAGGCAUUUAGCCAAAAGUUCAACCUUAUAGGGCACCAGAGGAGCCAUACAGGGGAGAAGCCUUACCUGUGCCCCCAGUGUGGGCGUGCCUUUGCUUUUAAGUCACUUCUUACUAGACACCAGAGGACACACUCCAAGUAGAAGCAUUUUGUAAACAGCCUAUGUAGGUAGGGACUGGAUGGGAUGACACCUCAUCUCUGACUAGAGGACCCAGUCCACUCCAAAGAGAAGCCAUUGGUUUGGGCACGGCGUUGGCUUUAACUCUGCCCUCAUCAGACAUCAGCAGACUUACUCAGGCAAGAAGCCCUAAGAACGGGCAUUGUGGGCAUGGCUUCAGCUGGAAGUUUCACUUUCAUAGACAUAGGAAGGCCAAGUAUGGCCAUCAACUUCUAAGCCUGAGAGGUGUUUGCCUGACUCGUUUCUUCCUUUUUCCAGGAGCAUGAAACUGACAGAAAUCACUAGUAAAUGUUUCUGGAAAUGGAGUAGGGGAAAGCCCUUACUUGUUCAUGAAAUCAUUGGUUUAUAGUUUACUAUCUUCAGUUAGCAGUAUGCGUUAGUUUUCUAGGGUUUUCUAACAAAAUACCCCAGACCAUAGAGCUCAGGCAAAAGAAGUUUACUUCGCCAUAUAUAUGAGCCUAGAAGUCCUCUAUCAGGCCGGCUCAGGUGUUGCCGUGACUACACCUCCCCUUAGCAGAUGGAUGGCUUCCCGAUGUGCUGUGCACCUACAGGUCCAUCCCUCCUGUAUAUACUUUUCCUGGUGCCUCGAAUUCUGGAUAGGACCACAUCCAGAUGACCUUGUUUAACCUUUAUUAAAUGUCCUGCCUCCAAGUCACGCCACACUAGAGGUAAGGUAUCGGUAUUUAUGUUGUGGGGCUAGGAUUCCCAGAAUCCUCAGCACCUUACAUCCUUAACUCAUUUCAGCGUCAGCUCUAAAUUGAAAAUCUCUUAAUACAAAUAUCUAAUUCAUGUAUGGGUGAGGAUAUAGUUCCAGUUCACCUGUAAGCCGUAUUUCUAUCAGCAAUCCUAUGAAGUUAAACAUGGAACUUGCUUCCAAAGUCCAAUGACUAGACAGAUACAGGUUAGAUAUUCCUAUUCCGAAAGGGAAACAUCAGAAAGACCUGAGCAGUGAUGAGUCCCAGGGUCCAGCACAAACCUAGCAGGCAAAUUCAAUGGGACCUUAAGUCUCAAGAGUAAUAUUGACUCAGUGUUCUGUCCCCUGGCUCACAGGACUGGCAGGCAGUGUUGUUUUCCUAGCCCUGAACAACAGUUUCACACGUUUGACCUCGCUCCAGACCUGACCAGGGUUUGGAACCACAUUUUCCUUUUUUCUAUUCUCUCUUUUCUUUUCUCUCUUCUCUUUUUCUCUGCUUUUCUUUUUUCAUUUCCCUUCUCUACUCUUUUCCUUUCCUCUCCUCUCCUUUCAUUUCCUUCUUCUCCUUCCUUUCUCUCCUUCCUUCCUCCUUUUUCUUUUUUCCUUUUUCUUUUUUUUUCUUUUUUAUUCUUAUUCUUAUUCUUCUUUUUCCUUUUGUUGUUCUGUUACAUACCCUGGCUAUCUUGGAACUCAAUGUGUAGACCAGGCUGGCCUCAAACUCAGAGAUCCACUUGACUGUGUUACUGAGUGCUGGGGUUAAAGGGGUGAGCAGCCCGAGAGCUCUUCCCUUUUCCUGGAGAUGAACAACAAACUGCUUGGAGCUCUACUGGUCUUCUCUUUAGAAACUCUGAAGUCCAAAAGUCUCUCUUCAUUUUACCCCAGUCUCUUUAAAGCUCUCUGUCCCCCAGGGCUAGAGGAGAUGGCUAAUUAACUCUGGUUCACACUAAUGCUAAUCUCUGUUGAAAAUAGUUUCCAGCCAUCUACUAUUCCCUCCACACACACACACUUUUGUGUGUGUGUAUAUAUAUUUAUUUUACAGUAUGAAUAAAGGGAGAAUUUUCCAAAUUUUUUCUCAACAAUUCCAUCAGUUUAUCUCUGUCGUCCCAUUUUGCUAGAUGCAGCAAGAGCAAAUAAGGGCACACUUUGAUCAUCUGUGUAGAAAUCUUAUCUGGCUAUUUUUAACUUAACAUUUCUUAAAAUACCUCCAUUUGGGGGUAGCAAGACAGCACGGAAAUCCGAGGACCUGAGGUUCAUCCCCAGAAUCCACAUAGAAGAGACCCAACACUAUCUUCUGACUUCCACAUGAGCUGUGGCAUGUGUACCCUCAAUACACUCCAGACCUGAUCCAUAACAAUGACAAACACUCCAUCCUACAAAACACUAGAAUUCAGUUCAGCCAAGUUCCAUGUCACUGCAUAUCAAGGAUACUGUAGCUGGGCUUUUCUGCUUUGGGGUUCUCUUUCCUAUCUUUUAUCCACAGGUUUCACCCUACCCCCCCCCCCCCCAAUCAGGAGAGAAAGAAGGAUGGGGUGGGGGUAGAUACAGAGAUCCUUGGAUCUAAUUUCUUGUUUCUUUGCUAAUAGCUGAUCUUUGCUACUUUGUGAGUUCUUUUUCCAACUCUUUAUUGCCAGGUUUCACCUCCUAUCACUAGAUAGGAGAGAAAGAAGGAUGGAGGAGAGAGAGAGAGAGAGAGAGAGAGAGAGAGAGAGAGAGAGAGAGAGAGAGAGAGAGAGAGAGAGAGACUGACUCUAAUUUCUUAUUUCUUUAAGUACAACUACUAUAACCAGUCCCCCUGGAUGACCACCAACCCCACCUAGCAUUUAUGUAUCCUCUGAAAAUUUUUCAGAAUUCCAAAUAUCACACAACUGCAGAAACUAUCCACUGCUGGCAAAGCCAUGCCUCAGCUAGACUAGGAGGCAAAUCAUAGCUGCUGUGAAGCAGUCCCAUAUCCCACACCUGGGAUUAAAAUGAAAACAUAUAUUUCUGUGUUUGUUAAAGACACCAAGAUUCCAGAAUUCUCACUACAGAAUACCGGUUUUUAAGUUAGGCAUACCUGAUUGCUGCCAGAGACCUCAUCAGAAUUAUCUGACACGUGCACCUCAAAUGGGGUCUAGCCUCUAUAUAUUAUACAGCUCCAAACCACUAACACAUUUUGAGGUUUGUUAUAACACCUCAAGCUUGGUUCUAAAAUCUGUAUUAGCUAGGGUUGCCAUAGUAUUUUGAUGGUUCCUUCUUUACCCAUUCUCCCCCACAAUCCCAUGUUUUCUGAUUUUUUUUUUUUUUUUGAGACACAGUCUCAUGUAGCACAGGAAGGCCCUGACCUGACCAUGUAGCCAAGACUGGCUUUGAACCUGUCUUAACCUGUUCUCCCCAAUGCUGGGUUUACAAGUAUGUGUGACUGUGCCCAACCUUUCUGGUCUUAUAAAGACAGUUCAUGUUGGAUUAGGCCCAGACCUUAUACAUUUCUGGACAGUCACAUCAUCAGAGCCCUAACACACAAAUUGAGCUUGGAGCAGCACACAGUUCACUACAAUAGCAUUAUUGCUACGUCCCUAAAGUUGUGACCAGCCACCAGCUCCUCUCAUAAGAGGCAUUCUGGGCCGUUCAUUUCCUUUCUCCACAGUGGUAAAGUGACAGAAACCACUAACUAGCAAAUGCCCUGCUUCUCUGAUGGGGAGGAAGGGAAGUUUCGUUCUCAUCCAUCACGAGGUCAUUGAUAGAUAGCAGUACUCUGUACUCUAUCUUUCCUUUAAAUAAACUGGUUCUCUGCAAAGCUGCACACCCAGGGAUGGACUGCGUUGUGAUCUACUGUGGAGGGUUCCAGGGUGUUUAACUUCUUGGGAGCCAUGGAGGAUUCAUACUACACCUUUAUUCUGGAUUCUGUCUCUUUAAAGUGAGUAAUGCUGUCGUUUUGAACCUACUUGUCCAGAAGGUUCUCCAGUGUCUGAGACGAGAGGGCGGCCACAUGCCACAUACUCAGCCUCACCAAUACAGACCGAAGGGCUUUUGUCCUUUGUGUUUAUUUUUCUUUGAGACGGGUUUUUCUCUGUUGUCCUGACUGUCCUGGAACCCACUAGGUAGACCAGGCUGUCCUUGAACUUUGAGGUCCGCCUGCCUUUCUCUCCCCAGUGUUGGGACUAAAGGCAUGCGCUACCAGCACCCGACCUGGCAGUUGUUUUUAUCCUGUGUGCACCCCAAAGGCUUAUCUUGUUUAGCUGUGCCCACAUGCCAGGGGUCCAGCCCAUCGUGUCCCCCUCACCCCCACCCCAGUCACAACCUUCCUUAGUCCUCCAGCCAGGAGUUGAGGAACUGAGGUCACUCAACUUUGCAUCUAGCCCAAGACAAUGCUUCUUUAGCCCAUUUUCUCUGAUGUUCAUAGCUCAAAUGCUUCUAAUCGUGGCAAAUACAUACUCUAGGGUUGGCCCUAGCCUGGUCCCAUUGAUGUCACAUAUUCACCGUAGGAUCAGUUUCCCCAGGACUUGAAACAUUUGGAGAAGUUUCCUUAAAAUGAAACAAAAGGGAUUUUGGUUUGGAGGAGUCUUUGGAAUGGCUGAGAGAACUGUAAACAGGUAUCACUGACCCUAUCAUGAACCCAGAGAUCUCCAGACUUGAGUGAUAAUCUGGUCACCUGAACAGGGUUGGCUAAGACACCUGGGGAUGGGGCCACCUUAACACAUUUACUUCAAAGCUCCUUCACCUCAGCUGCUGAAGUGGCCUCAACUGAAAGUGACAUGUGUAUACAUGUAUGUUUGUGGUGUGGAGUCAUCUAACAUCAAGAGCUUUAAAAAUUUCUCUAGAGAAACAGACACCAGCAUAUGUGUCUGUCACUUACCUCAGCCGUUUUGAUCAAAUGCACCCCCUCCACCUGCUCCCCUCUAGUUCCUCCCCUAUCUGGUAAACUUUCCUUCCCAACUUUCUGUGCUUUCUGCCUCAGAAUUUAACUGCAGCUCUGGUUGCUUUUCUGUUGCUGUUGUAAGACUCCACUGCUGAAGGGAACCUAAGAAAGUUUGCUUUGUGGCUCCAGAGGGAUUAAGAGUUGAUGAUGGUGGGGUGGAGGCAUGGUAAUGAGGAAAGCAUGGCGCUGGGGCAGGAUGCUGAGAGCAAGUGCUUAAUUUUAAGCAUGGAGUAUACGGCACAAGAAAGAGGCUCUUUACUCUCAAAGCUCACCCUCGGUUACAUACUUCCUCUAGCAAGGCUGGACCUCCUGAACCUACCAAAUGGGGAUCAAGUGUUCAAAUGCCUGGGAUAAUGGGGUACACUUCUCAUUCAAACCAUCACACCCAUUGAAUCCAUUUAGUGCUGCUUGCAUGUGCGUGAAUGUGGGACCAUUGACUGGGGCAAGAGUAGCCUCCCAGGACCCACUCCCUCUCUCAGUAGCUAGCAGUUGCCAGUAACUCCUCAGAUAGAGGUGGGCUUUUUUUUAAAAAAAAGCCCUUCAUCCAUGCUGGAUUUAGGCCAGCCUUGUUUAAAGUCUUGUGCAUACAAGUUCCGUAGCUGUGAGUUCAUGUGUGCAGCUGUAUUGUCAUGUCUGGCAAAUAUUUUGCUCCAGAUGCAUCCUCCCUCUGGCUCUUAUAAUCUCUAUUGCCCUCUUUUAUGUGGGUCUCCAUAUUAUUUUCCACCUACUUGCAAAAAGAAGAUCCUCUGAUGAGGGUUGAGAAACAUACUAAUACAUGGGUAUAAAGAUAAGAAAUCAGGGCCUAAAGUUUAUCAUUGGGUCCAUUUAGAAGCUUAGUAGUAGAUUUUCCCCUAGGGCCAAUGACUUAGCCAAUGACACGUUUUUGACUCAGCGAAUGGUACCAGUCACAGGUCCCAUCUUGUAGAGUGGGCUUUAAGUAGUUGGUUACUUCCAUGGCAUUCAUGUCACACUUGCAUAUCUUGCCAAGUCAGUGCAUAUGGCAGCUUGCAGGGUUCACACCUCGCUAAGGCUGUUGGUGGUUUUCCUCCCCCGAGAGUGUGGAUAGAACUUUCUAGCAUUAUGAAACCUAUCCAGUAGGAGAGAAACUUCCAUAUCAGUACCAGCCUAAUUCCUCCCUGUUCUGUGACAUAGGUAGAUGGUGUCUUUAGCAGUAGGGUCUUACUACCAAGUUGUGAGUAGCCAAGAACAAUGUCAAUAACUGUAUGUUUUUGACAGGGUGAUGUCUAUGCUACCUCACGAACCAACAACUCCAGGUAACCCAUACCUGGCACUGAACUUUUUGAUAACCAAUGGUAUAUCUUAGGAAGCUUCUACAGUAGCAAGUUUCCAUAUGGCCUUUUCAAAAGACUUUAGUAUUAGUUAUCCUUCACCACACUGCUAUACACACCUCUGUUUUUCUAAGAUCUCUCUGUCUCCUCUCUGCUCUCUCUCUCUCUCUGUCUGUCUCUGUCUCUGUCUGUCUGUCUGUCUGUCUCUCUCUCUCUCUCUCUCUCUCUCUCUCUCUCUCUGUGUGUGUGUGUGUGUUGUGUGAGUAUUCAUGGAGGACUGAAGAGGACAUUGGAUUGCCUAGAGUGAGUGUUGAGAAAUGGACUUGAUUCUUCUGGAAGAGCAGUGUGUGCUCUUAAACUGCCCUGAUUUACCUCAGGGCCAUAUCAUAAAUGCAAGCUGGGUUUUUUUUUUUUUAUCAUUUUUUGUUUUGUUUGUUUUUGUCCAUUCAAUGAAAAUGGAGAUAUUAAAAACAGAAAAAAAAACCAAAAUCUGGUUUGUGUUUGAUUUUGUUAUAAUACCCUAGAUAAAUAUGAAACCACACAAACUUGCUUGGGUUGAUUGGAAACCACACGUAAAAUAAACACUAGGGGGUCGUGGAAAGAGGAAGGCAGCAACAGCUACUCCACUAUGGAAAAGAAAAAAAUAAACCCAAACCAAAAUAUAUUCGUUAGCACUAGCUGUGUCAGAACUGGAGUUUAAUAAGCCUGGCUCCCAACACCUCUGAACGCAAGAUGACUUUUUGUUUGCUCGCUUUUUUUUGCAGUGCUGGAGACUGAAGCCAGCAUCUCCUGUAUGCUGGCAAACAGCUCCACAGUUGAGCUACCACCCCAGCACCCCAAAUAACUGUUAUUAACUGGAUGUGUGGUAAUUUUCACAAGGGAACCAUGCUACCCAGCUGAUUGGUUUCUCCAAUUUUGGUAACACCAGACUAACACAAAAUAUUUAAGAGUAGUAUUAAUACAGAAUGUUCUAGGCCAGUAAGAAAACCCCUACAAAACACAUAUAGGAACAAAGAGGUCAACAAAUGAAAAGGUAUCUUGCCUCCUUGGUUAGAAUAUCUCAGGGUAGUGGACAUAGUUCACAAACUAAUAAUAUUCAAUCUGACAAUAGUUCUGUGUGUAUGUGGUUUGUGUGUGUGUGUGUGUGUGUGUGUUGAUAUAGACUACAAAUUAAUCAUAAUUCAUAUGGAAAGAUUUAACAGGUAACAUACAAAUUGCUACAGUUUCUGCUCAGAGAUACUUCAGGAGGACUCUCCUUUCUCAAUAUGUAAAUACCCUCUAAGCCUCUAUCCUAUGGCACAUGGAUAGCUCAUGUAACCCAGUAAAACCAUACUCAACUUUAUAAAGUAUAUCCCAUAAAGGUGAAAUUUCAAAUUCUACUGUGGUAAAGAUUUCUAAGUAGGACCUGGCUAGCCAUUUGUAGUCACUCCUAAUAUCAUACAUGGGGAUUUCAAAUGGAUUGGUGCGCUAAGUAUGGAAAAGUAUCUUCCUCAAUAUUUUCUAAAAUUAAAUAUACGCUCGAAUGAAAAUGGAAACAGACACAUCAGAGCCUGUGGGAUGCAAUGGAAGUGCUUCUGGAAAGGAAGUUUAUAGCUGUGGAGACUGACAUUAAUAAGUCAGAGAGGGCCAUCUCAUCAGCUGGGAAAGGUACCUGCCAGCAAGGCUGAUAAUGUGCUUGAUCCCCAGGAUCCACAGCGUGGAAGGAAAGAACCCAUGUCUACAACGGUCUUCUGACUUCCACAUGUGCACCAUGGUAGAAGCCAAGCCUACACAAAUAAACAUAUAAAUGUUAAAAAAAUUAGAUCUCAAAAAAACAAAAACAAAACCCUCAACAAUACACCUGAAGUCCUUGGAAAAACAAGAGGAAGCCAAUCUCAAAAAUUAAUAGAAGAUAAAGAUCAAAAAUGAAAUUAAUGAAGUGGAAACAUAAAUGAACAAUGUAACAGAUCAAUGAAUCAAAGGGUUCUCUUUUGAAAGGAUAUAUAAAAUUAACAGGCUUUUCACAAAACUAGUAAAAAAAAAAAGGAAAGGGACAUUAAUAAACUAAUCAACUUAGUGGCCAAAAAGUGAUCUUAUAGCAGGUAACACUGAAACCCAGAUCAGUAGGAUUCUUUCCAACAUCAUACUCUAAUGAAUUUGAAAACUUAGGAGAAAUCGAUAUAUUCCUAGACAAUUCUACCCACAAUUGACUUAGGAAGAUGCAAAAACCCCUGAGCAGAAUGAUGAUGAUCAAUAAGACAGAGACUGAUAAAACAGCCCCCAAGUUCACAACCAGAAAGAUCCACUGAUGAAUUCUCCCAGACCUGUAAAGAACAAAUGCCGAUGCCAGUGAGGCUAUUCCAAAAAACAGGGACUAAACAUCUCCAAACCCAUAAAGAGAUCGCCUGGUACCGAAACCAGAUGAGAAAAGGGGAGGAGGCAGCUAAAGGCCAAGUUCCUUGAUGAACACAGAUGUGAAAGAUUUCAAUAAGAAUAAGAUGCUUUUCAAGCUGAGUUCAACACAUCUAAGUGAUCAGACCUUAUGAGAGACUUGCAUUUAUGCCAGGGUGGCUUAGCAUGUACAAAUGCUAAGCACAAUACAGCAUUUAAACAGAAUCAAGGGAAAGAACUACAGAAGCAUUCAGCAGAUGCAGAAGCAGCCCUGACAAAACCCAGCAUCUCUUCACAAUAAAAACCCUAUAGACACUUAGACUAGAAGGACCACACCUCAGGAUAAUUAGGACUAGAGACUAUACACCUAUAGCCAGCAUUUAUACUGACUGAAAAAAAAAAAAAAA